AUGGCUUCGAACAAAAGGAAGUCGGCAGCAUCUCCAGCACCGAAACCACGUCGAUUUGGUGAUAAGAUCGCUCUUCACCACUGCAAUGAUGAAAAGAAAUUCUCUCGAAAACGGCCAUCAAAAGCCUUAGCAGAAGGGAAAUCUAAGUUCUUGGGACGUAAGAGGAAGGUAUCGUCACCAGGUCAGAAGGAAAACCAAUGCACAGUCGCUUUGAUCACGAAGAACGCCAUUAGUCCUCUUCUGAAGGGGGAAGAGCAAAACAGAACCGAGAAUUCUGUUCCAUUUAGUGACAAGGAAUUACAACUACCAGAAGUGAGGAUGGUUGGCCACCUUACUGCGUUGCGAUGUCAGCCGCGGUUAAGUGAUGAACCUGUCGAUCUCGAGGUAUAUGCUAAGCGUCAUGAGAAACUGGAGAAAGAGGAGAAGCAAAUUCUGAGAAGGGAUCGAAUCUGGCAAAAUGAAGUCCGCCGUCGGUCACGUCUUCUGCGAAUCCAACAAACUCCUCCGCGUUUUCGUGAUUUCCGUAUCGUUGUGUUGAGGAAACUCACUCGUCAUUUUAAAUGA